AUGGAGGUGUCGACGGAGGACCUAAGGGUACUAAAGACUGGUGAGCGGUUAAAUGACCGGAUUAUUAAUGAGUACCUGAAAUUGCUACAACAGAGAGGCGAGAAAACUAAGUGGCCCACUGUGUUGGCCUUUAAUAGCAUCUUCCUGGGCAAGUUCCUGAAACACGGAUACACGGGGGUGGAGAGGUGGACAAAGAAUGAGGACAUAUUCAAGUAUGAUAUUGUGCUAAUACCCAACUUUGUCGAAGAUCUGCGACAUUGGAUUCUAGUUGUCGUGGACUUUAGAACAAAGGAAGUGUUAAUUCGCGAUAGUCUUUCUGGAACUUACAACAGCAUCGGCGCGAAAGUUCUGGAGUAUUUACGAGUGGAAGCGUUUCACAAGAAGAAAAGAAUCCUGCAGUCGAGAAAAUGGGGAAUCAAAGGUAAACUAGGUCCAAAGAAAGGAAACAAGAUGGAUUGCGGAGUUUAUCUGUGUAUCAAUGCUGAAGCUUACGCGGCCGACAGGACCGCAACGUUUACGCAAAGGGACGUGCCCUGGUUACGUAUGACAAUGGUGAAAGAACUGCAGGAGAAAAGAAUACUCUCACACCAAAAACCCCCGCCCGAAAUACCCGGCAUAAAACCAGCGCCUAUGAAGAAGGGAAGAAAGAAGAUAACACGUAGACCAUCACCUAUGUUCGUGUCGGAGAGGACCAAUAGCUCAGUUAGCAAUAGCCGGAACGCUGAUUGA